UUAAUUAGAAGAAAAAUAAUUGAUAUUCAAGACUAUCAAAGAAAAGCUGUUUUAAAAAUAAAUUAUAAUAAUCAAAACGACACUUUUACUGAACAAUAUUUUAACGCUAUAAAUUCUGAGGAUUUACUUAAACAAUUAGAAGAAUCUCAAAUGUUAUUAAGCCAAGAACCUGUGGUGUUUUCGCCGAAAUUAGUUAAGCAAUCCUCGAUGAUGUUUAAUAAAGAAGUGGAUGAAGUCGAAGAUAUACAUGGUUUGAAUGAAGCUUUGCGAGCUAUAAAUGAUGAUAAAACGUUAUGUUGCGAUAAGAAUCAUUAUGAAUUCGUCGUUCCUUCAGAUGUUAAAGAUAGAAACAUUAUGGAAAAAAUAUUGGAAAUAUAUCGAAAUAUUUUGAUUGAUGUUGAAAAUAAUAAACUACCUGCUUUUGUAGUUGUAAAUACUAGAAUUUGGCCAAAUGUAGAUGUUCAGGAUAAUAGAUUAAUGAUAUCUAACAAUCCAAAAAUGCGAACAAUAAAAUCAAUGGGAACAUCGGCUUACAUAUUCGACAACAUAAUAUGGGUUUUAAACAAAAUUAUCGAUUUAAUUCGCAUGAAUUUCACGAUGACAAAAAGAGAAUUAUAUUAUCAAAUGAAAGAAGAUUACAACGAUUUAAGGAUGCAUCAAAUCGAUUCAUAUUUGUCGGUUAUAAGUGCAUUAGUCGAUUAUGGCCCAUGGGAUUAUCAUGUUGUCGCUGCGACCAAAGGAUUGGUUUAUGGUGAUUUAACUAUAGAAUUAUCAACCGGUGAUAUUAUAAUGUGUGAUAAAAAAGGCGGCGUUGUAAUUCCAAAAUUCGUCGAUAAAAUAAUUAAGGUCCAUUGUAACGCUUCUUUUAUCUUGGUCGUUGAAAAAGAUGCUGUGUUUCAAGAAAUUGUAAAUAGAAAUGUUUCGAAAGAAUUAGGAUUUAGAAUCAUAGUUAUUACGGCGAAAGGGUAUCCUGAUAUGAACACAAGAUUAUUUUUGAAAAAACUUUGGACUAUAACUUCGAUUCCUGCUUUUGCAUUAGUCGAUUGUGAUCCAUAUGGAAUUGAAAUAAUGUUACGUUAUCGAUUUGGAUCAUUGGCACAAGUACAUCUUGCACAUCACUUAGCUUUACCUCAACUAAAAUGGUUGGGGAUAUUUCCAUCGGAAAUUGCUAAUUUUGGACUUGUCAAUGAAAAAAUAAAGGAUAUCGAGGGGCGAAAAAUUACAUAUAUGUUAAAUUUGCCUUAUAUUGACUCCAAUCCUAAUUUAAAACAUGAAUUAGAGAUUUUAUUAGAAAAAGGCUACAAGUGCAAUAUCGAAACAGUUCUUAAACACCCAUCAUUUUUCUUUAACACAUAUUUACCAUAUAAAAUACGUACAAAUUCUUUUAUAUAA